GCCAUUAUUCUCCAUCCACACACAAUUACCCCUUCAUUCUUCACUUUGAAAAAGAAAAAAAAAAUUAUUCAUUAUUUUUCCAAUAUGAGGAGACGUUUACCGACCAUUCUUCUAGCAGCGUUUAUUGCCGCCGGAGCAACGGCGGUAAAGGCUCAAAACUGUGGUUGUGGAGAAGGUUUAUGUUGUAGCCGUUGGGGGUAUUGCGGAACCGGCGAUGAUUAUUGCGGCACAGGGUGCCAACAGGGUCCUUGUAAUGCCCCCCCAGCUUUGAACAAUGUUUCGGUGGCGGAUAUUGUUACACCGGAGUUCUUUAAUGGGAUAUUGGAUGUUGCGGAAGAGAGUUGUGAAGGGAAGAAUUUUUACACGAGAUCGGCGUUUCUUGAAGCAGUGGGUCCUUAUCCUCAGUUCGGAAGAAUUGGAACUGUUGAGGAUACUAAUCGUGAAAUUGCAGCUUUCUUUGCGCAUGUCACGCACGAAACUGGACAUUUUUGCUACAUAGAAGAGAUAAACGGCGCCUCUAGAGACUACUGUGAUCAAAACAACGAUCGAUAUCCAUGCAACCCUAACAAAGGCUACUACGGCCGAGGACCGAUCCAACUAUCCUGGAAUUUCAACUACGGACCAGCCGGCGAGAACAUCGGGUUCGAUGGACUAAACUCGCCUGAAACCGUCGCCACCGACCCAGUUAUCUCCUUCAAGACUGCCAUCUGGUAUUGGGUCAACUUUGUUCAACCAGUGAUAAGCCAAGGGUUCGGGGCAACCAUUCGUGCCAUUAAUGGAGCUCUGGAGUGCGAUGGUGCAAACCCAGCCACCGUUGAGCGACGGGUCGAGUACUAUAUCGAUUAUUGUAACCAGCUUGGUGUGGAUCCAGGGCCUAAUCUAAGAUGCUAGAUUUCACUUUGAGUAUGUGUUUAGUACUUGAAAAACUAGUUUUUAUUUUGCCUACAGUUGGACGAAAGAAAAAAGUGUAAUCUUAUAUGAAUGGAUUGCAGUUUAAUUUAAUAAUAAGAUAAUUUGGUUUAUCAUACAUGGCCUAGGAAUUUGGUUUAUCAUACAUGGUCUAGGUUUUAUACAAGGUC